AUGUCCUCCUUCGGCCAGCACGGGGCGCAAGAGUUCAGCGCCACCGUGGAAGAUGGAUUGGAAGACUACAGCUUAGUCGACUAUCCCGAAGUCGACUACUAUCUCCUCUUAGGUCUAUCGCGCAACCCACCCCCGACCGACGCGGAAAUCCGAUCAGCCUACCGAAGUCUGUCCUUGAGCUUUCACCCAGAUAAACAACCGUCGCAUCUGCGCCAUGCCGCCGAGAGUCAAUUCCGACACAUCCAAGACGCUUACGACACCCUCAUCGAUCCCAAGAAGCGUGUUGUGUACGACAUAUCGGGCGCGGAAGGCGUACGGCAAGAAUGGGGUCAACUUGGGGCUAUGGGGAUUGGAGGAGAAGCUCAGAAGCAAGACGUCGGCGUAAAGACGAUGUCGCCGGAUGAGUUCCGACGCUGGUUCCUCAAAACAAUGAAGAAACGGGAGCGACAGGCGAUCGAAAGCUUGGUUUCCACUAGGGGCGGUAUUACCUUGGGAGUCAACGCGGCGUCAAUGGUCUCAGUGGAUGAGGAUGAGGAUGUGCAGUUUCAUAUUCCCUCGCCGAAGGUCACAACAUAUGGGGUUACGUAUAAUUUCGAUACACCGGUGGCAUUGCCCCAGCUCUGGGGCACAACUGAGAAAGACUCGGAUUCGCAGGACGCAGCGUCGGAAUAUGGCGACGAUGGACAAGAGGAUGGAUCGCAGGCCGUCCGUAUGACAAUCAGCACAGGUAUAAGUGGUGGACUAGCCCAGCCAGUCCAGAAAGCCACGGUCGAAUACGAGGAUGGAACGGAGGGAGAGGAAACUGUCAAAAUGCCGCCCAUUCUGGCAGCUCGAAACUUCCGACUGGGCGCCUCUCUGAGCCCAAAUGUUCGAAGUUUGGUGGGCACAAAGGGAAUCUGGGCUAAGCAUCCCUUUGCACUGCUUAGGGAUUCCGCAGUCACAUUUGAGGGUCUCCUUCUGCCUGCGCCCUCUUUGAGAACAACCAUCACUCGGAGCUUUGUGCCUGUCAGUGGCGUUGCGCCAUUCAAUGUGAGCGUGACCAGCAUACACUCGCGAUCCCUGGAGGAAACGCCGCCAUCUCUAGAGGUCCAGGUCUCGAGAGAGCUAUUUAAGAAAAAGAUUGGUGUGAUCUCGUGGUCAAGCGGUGUUAUUCAUUGGCCCGAAUUCCUGCACGGCUGGUUCCCGUCGCUUGGAAUGGGGAUUCAGAGUGCCUUCGCAUCUGCCAGCGAGGUCGGCCACCUGCAGAUUGGCCUGAUUGCACCCGCCGCAUCACCCCAGGUAGCAAUGGAGGCCGACGAGGACGAAGCUGAGACCAGUGGAGAGUUCGAUGAUGACCACCACGAUGUGUCUAGAAAACGUCAAACUGAUCAAUCGGCAGAGGCGUGGGAAAGCCAUCUGCAGGUCUCACCCGGGGGCGGAGCCCUUGUCUUGAAAUAUUCACGGAACCUCUUUUCCGGCAAACCCGCUGAUGACCCAGUCAAGACCGAAUGGAGCUCGGAGGGAUACUUCCCAAUGCCGACAAUGGAUGAGGCUCGUGCAGUCCGGCUCGAGGUUGCAACUAUUGCAGGCUUGGACAUGUCCCUGAGCUGGACCAUCAAAGGUAUUCGUCGAGUUGGCGAGUAUACGCGACUAGGACUUGGUGUUGGCAUCGCAGACAAAGGAAUGAUGCUCACUGUUACAUGGCGUCGUCUCGGACAAAACAUCGAUAUCCCGAUUGUUAUCUGUCCGGCUAAUGAGGCAACUAGCAGCGCCACGGCGCUGACAGCUGUAUUCCCCUGGCUCGCUUAUUGCGCCAUUGAGUUUGGCUACAUACGCCCUCGGAAUAGAAAGAAGCGUCGCCAGGAAGCGGCUCGGCGCCACCGUGAGUUGAAGAAGCUUCUCCCUCAGAAGCGCGAGGAAAGUCUCCAAGCCAUCGAGCUUAUGACAGAGCAAGUGCAAAGACGACAAGGACGUGAAGAAGCACAAGAUGGUCUUAUUAUUUUGAAGGCCGAGUACGGUUAUAUACCUCCCACAGACAAGAAACCCAAGGAUGGGUUUACAGAGCCUCGGGUGAUCGAUGUCACUAUUCCCGUGGCUGCUUUAGUCAAUCGAGGUCAAUUGGUGAUCUCGAAGAAGUCCGUCAAGUUCCAAAUUCUGGGAUUCCAUGACCCUGCGCCGUUGCUGCCCAAGCGAUUGAAGAUCUGGUAUAGAUUCCAGGGUCGUGAUCACUACGUAGAGGUGGGUGAUAAAGAGAAGAUCUCGUGUCCUUUACGCGCACACCUCGUCUCCAUUUGA